ACAGACUGACGAGAUCGGCGGCGCCCCUGGACUGAGGCAGACGGGCAGACAGUCGAUCAGUCAGUCAGGUGGCAGCGUGACGCCCAUCGUUCCAGGCCCCCUCUGCGCCCCUCCUUAUCAAGUAAUCCUGGAGGCCUGAGGGUGUCUUCCUACUCCUCCUCCUCCUCCUCCUCCUCCUCCUCCUCAGCGGCUCCCUCUCGUCUCUUCGUCUCCGCUAUCCCCGUCAUCCGUGAAAGUAACCUCCCGUUCCACUUAAAGAUAAUCUCAGCCGUGCAGCGCGAGCCGGCACUGCACAAGGCGUAAAGAAGCAGCUCAGCAACGCUCUGCAGUACGGACACUCAUACCUCAAAGGUGACGCUUGUGUGAAUGACCAGUGACCUUGAAGCGUCGCUGAAUACAUGAACUGUGAAGACGCUUGCCAUGAGGCAGCGUGACGGCGUUGUGUCGGUGACGAGGCCCGUGCGGGGAGGACAGGUGACACUGCGUGACCAGCCUCCCGCCCGACCACUUUAAGAGCACCACGGCAGCGCUCCCUGACCUCACUUGAGAAUGGAUAGUGGUGAAGAAGGUGACAUAGAGCAAGAUUCGUCCUUGGUCCGCGCCGCCACCCAGCCUCCUCCGUCACUGUAACCUCGGUGCCGCCUGACCCUGUCUCCCUGGCACAUCACACUCGCCCCCAGCCUGGCCGCCGGUGACAGGCCCGUCUCCAGCAGCACCAGCAGCAGCAGCAGCAGCACUCGGUGGCUGGUCAGCGUCAAGUAGCAAGAGUCAAGAGCAAGGCAGGACGCGUCGCUCAUCCCAUGUAUUACAGUGGUCGCUGAGACAUUGAGGACGCUCUUCUUAUAAUACGCGGACACUUCUCGGCAGCGUGUGCGCGGUGAAGUGUGGAGGGCAGCGUGCCGGCGGCGGCUGGUCCAGGCUGUGACGUGAAGGGGGGUGGGGGGCGCCGCGCUCCCACGCACAUGUAUUUUCGGCCGAGAUGCCUCAUCAAGCUGCAUAGACACCAAAAAGGCUCAUAUAUUUGAUAUAUAGCAAAUAUAGUAGAUAAAUAUAUUAAAAUAUAAGUAUAUAAAUAUAUAGAUAUAUUAUAUAUACAUAUAUAUAUAUAUAUAUGUAGAUAGAUUUCCAUAUCAAAUCUUAUUCCUAUUUUCAUAGCAAGAGUCCCGUGCGGGCGUCACCAAACACACAGUAAUCACAAGUGGUAGAGGCGACGCACGGCUAUAUUUUUGUCUGAGGCUCAGAUCCGCCACGGCACCCCUCAGGCACCUGUAGGCGACUCUGUUGGCUCCCCGUAGGCAGCGAUCACUGGGCUCCACGCGGUGCGCCCAGUGAGGCGCUCAGCCCUGGGCGAGGCGUGUUGAGAGGCGCUUCCCUCAUUACAAGACUCAUCACUUGUUCCAGAAAGUGAGUCAAGUCUUGACACAUCUUCGCCUCGCCACGCUGGAUCACAUCCUCCCCGGAGCCGCGGCACUCCACGGCACUCCUCGCGGCGCUGCCCCGCUCAUUCCAGCGCCGCGGUGACCCGCCCCACACAUCCCGCGAGUCAGCCAACCAGCACAGACGCAACUCUGGGAAUCACCAGCCUGAAAACAAACCAGUAAACACGUACCUAAAAUGAAGCUAGAAUAAAAGUACGGAGUGAAUGUGGUAGUGAGGUGACGGACACGCCGAGCUGUGAGGGAGUGGAAAGUGUGUAGCCUUGUGAGACUCCUGACUGUGAUAUUUGAAGUGUAAGGCAGCCAGCAGUGGCCGAGGCUGUGCAUCACCACACUGGUAACACGUAAGAUAGAGCUUAUCAUUUUGACUGUGAUUCGCGAGCCUUCCAUCAAAUUUGUAAAGAUAAUUGUUUUGUUCUCUAUAUUAUAUACAGUAUAAUGAUCGUGCCUGAUUUACUACGAAAAGACGAUCACUUAUAAGUAACAAUAUAUAAUAUAUCCGUAUUAUGAGGUCUCUCCUUAAAACGAGGGUUACCUUCGUUUUCUUUUAAGACCACAUUAGGCAGACCCAAGUAAUUUUGUUUCCCGAGUAGGCGAAGGAAUAUUCCUGAUAGCGUCGCUACAUCCUCAUUAUACUGAGUGUUCUUGGUGUCUUAGUAUAGUACACACUACUGUACGAACUGAAGAGGUGCCGUGCACGUGUGUGGCUGAGGACCGGCGCGCCGCCUCUCCGUGCUGGAAGAGCCUUGCCGGGCAUCUCCAGGAGCCACUGACUGAGUCCAUCACCGCGAGACGCGUGUCGCCGAACAGCCAAGAUCCCCGAGGCGCCGUGAGUGUCCACGCUGAGGCCACGCGGCGGCCGCCCUGAAAACUGGCAAGGUGGAAAACGGCAGAGUGGAAAGAGAGGUGGAGGGAGGAGGGAGGACACAGGAAGAAUCAAGCAAAGGAAAAAAGAGCGACCUGAAGAAGGAGGAGGGAGGAGGCGGGAAGGGGCGCGGGGUGAGGGGUCGGCGGGAGGAGCUGGUGUGGAUGUCGGGCAUGGUGGCGAGGGGCAUGAUUCGACAGUCGAGCCUCACCAGGCUGGGGCUGAUGAUCAACACCGCCGUCACCGGCGUCGUCACCACCACAACCAACAACAGAAAAGGCAAUGGAGACAUCCAAUGGUGCUUCUCUCAAGUCAAAGGCACGCUCGACGAUGACGUUAGUGAAGCUGACAUCAUCUCAUGUGUGGAGUUCAACCAUGAUGGGGACUUGCUGGCCACAGGGGACAAGGGCGGCCGGGUGGUCAUCUUCCAGCGGGACCCCUCAUCGAAAAACUGCCACCCUCGCCGGGGCGAGUACAAUGUCUACAGCACCUUCCAGAGUCAUGAGCCUGAGUUUGACUACCUUAAAUCUUUAGAAAUUGAAGAAAAAAUCAAUAAAAUAAGAUGGCUCAAGAGGAAAAACCCUGCACACUUCUUACUCUCUACUAAUGAUAAAACCAUAAAGCUAUGGAAAGUGUCAGAACGAGACAAACGAGCAGAAGGCUACAACCUGCGUGAUGAGUCCGGCCAGAUCAGGGACCCAACUUCACUUACUGCUUUACGGGUACCUGUAUUAAAACCAAUGGAAUUGAUGGUUGAAGCUUCCCCUAGGAGAAUUUUUGCAAAUGCACACACGUAUCACAUCAACUCUAUCUCAAUCAACUCAGACCAGGAGACUUACUUGUCUGCUGAUGACCUUCGUAUUAACCUGUGGCACAUGGAGGUCACUGAUCAGUCCUUUAAUAUAGUAGACAUCAAGCCCACUAACAUGGAGGAGCUGACGGAGGUGAUCACGGCAGCAGAGUUUCACCCACACGACUGCAACGUGUUCGUGUACUCUAGCAGUAAAGGAACCAUAAGGCUUUGUGACAUGCGACAAGCAGCCCUCUGUGAUAGUCAUUCUAAGUUGUUUGAGGAGCCCGAGGAUCCCACCAAUCGGAGUUUCUUCAGUGAAAUCAUCUCCUCCAUAAGUGAUGUCAAAUUUUCAAACAGUGGUCGCUACAUGAUAUCAAGAGACUAUCUCUCAGUUAAAGUGUGGGACUUGCACAUGGAAACUAAACCAAUUGAGACUUACCCGGUGCAUGAAUACCUGCGCCCCAAACUGUGCUCAUUGUAUGAGAAUGAUUGUAUUUUUGACAAGUUUGAAUGCUGCUGGAGUGGCAAUGACUCAGCAAUUAUGACUGGCUCAUACAACAACUUCUUCCGAAUGUUUGAUAGGACUUCAAAACGUGAUGUUACAUUAGAGGCUUCAAGGGAAACUGCCAAGCCCAGAUAUUUACUUAAACCUAGAAAGGUCUGCACAGCUGGUAAAAGAAAGAAAGAUGAAAUCAGUGUAGACUGCCUUGAUUUCAAUAAGAAGAUCCUUCACACGGCCUGGCACCCACAUGAAAAUAUUAUAGCUGUUGCUGCCACUAACAAUCUUUACAUAUUCCAAGAUAAAUUUUUAGCAGGUCCUCCUCUGACGACCUAGAGCUUAGGCCCUGCCAUAGAUGGAUGUUUGGGCAGUGAUGCCGGGUGUGUGGAGGGAAGGUCCUUAGUGGCCAGUGUUCCUUCUGUAUGACCUCACCCAAGUGUUGACAUCCACUGCUGGAAGCCAUCAACUCAUGCUGGCCACUCUUGGCAAUCCAUUUAUCAAGGUGUGGCUCUUGUCUUGGGUUGCUUCCAAGACAAUGGUGGUCCCAAAUGUGUGAACGAGUGGCAACCAAAAAGCCAAGGGCAGUAGUGCUGGAGUCCCCCAAUGAAUGUCCAGUGGCUGAGGCUUGGAUUACUUGUGAUUCUUGAAAAUCCGUGGGUGUCCCACCCUUGUGAUCAUUUAUCUGUGUUUCACCCUCAGAUCAUCUGUUGAGAAGUGCAAACAUUAGUUGCCUUCUCAAGGCUAUUAAAAAGAUAUAUGAGUUUAUGGCUGACUAGGUGAAUCCAGUUAUGAAUGAUUAGGAGUUUGCCCAUGUUAUUAUCAAUAGAUUAGUGGCUUGAAAUAAAAAAUAUUGACUGCAGAGCCCAAAUUACUUUCUCUGAUGACUGGCUUUCAGACAAAUCAUUGUGUCUUUUUUGCCAAAUUGAGCUGUGACAGGUGACUUGAAUUACAUAAGGGAAUAAGGUAUAUGACAUAGCUACUCCUGGGAUAGAACGGUUGAUUUUAUACAUGUGGGAAGAACAUGGUUGUAAAUCGUAUCCCUAACAUGUCCAGAGGAUUUAGUGUUGUCAUACCCCCAUGCGCCCAUCUACUGAGUAGUAUAUCUCACAGGAUUAAGUUAAUGUGCUCAUAGCUUCCACAAAAUCACUCCCAGCUGUCAGGAAAUGCAGCAUUAUUUUUAUUUAUUUAUUUAUUUUAUUUUAUUUUUUAUUUAUUUAUUUUUUUUUUUAGUUUUUUUAAGCUUUAGAUGGUGCAUUUUGUUAAUAUCUUCAACUCUCAUUUCAAAAGUGAGAAAUACUACAGCUGGAUGUUUUCCACAGUGGGCUCCUCUCCAUGAAGGGAAGUGUAGGUGCAGCUGCGCACACUUCUCACCCCUGCUUUCUCUCAUCAUUUUAAGAUGCUGCAAAAUUUGUCUUAAAAGAUGAUUAUUUCUAAUAUUUACUGUCAACUGCUGUAUACUUUUUUUUUAAUUAGUUCCAUGGAAUAAAUUAUAUUUCAGUAGGCAAGAUGUGUUUUUAUGCAAUCAGUACUCAGCCAUGUCCAUUGUAAUCAAAAUAAUUUUUCAUGGUUAUGGGAUAAUUUUGUAAUGCUAUCUGUACAUUUAUAUUCAAUUAAUCUGUGGUCAUGAGGAAGUAUUUUAAUUAAAUUUUGAGUAACAGUUAACUCGAUAUUUUUACUGAUGGCUUUUUUUUUUUAUUAUUAUUAUUAUUUAUUUUAUUUACUUUAUGUUUAUUUUUUAUUUAUUUAUUUUAUUUUUUUAUUUUAUUUUUGUGUGUGUGUGUGUGUAAAAUACAGUAACAACCUAAGAAACAGAAAAUGCUGAUUGGAAAGGCUGGACCAUAACUCAACCCCCAUUUAUGUAUUAUGCUCUCUUAACAUGUCAAAGUAACAUCCAUUGUAAUGAAACAUCAAAGUACUGAUGUGACAGUUUUGUCAUGAUGUGCUGUGCUGGGACUUUGGGACCCCAUCAGUAGCAGAAUAUUAAAACUUGUUUAUAUACUGCUUUCCUCCAUAAGGACCUGAUACAUACAACAUUUCAUUAUUGAAGAUAUAGGUUGAUUUAUAAUUUGAAAUUAUGUACAGGAUGUUAUGCUGGUGGGCAGAAAUGUACUUUUAUUUAUUUUGUUAAAAAUAAAACAGGUAGAACAGAGUUAA